UGCUGUUACCCACAACUUCCGCUUUUUCCCUUUAAUUGAGAGGUUCAGAAACGUUGUCGGAAGGUUUAGAAAGGAUUUCCAGAACGUUUUUGUCGGUUCACAUUUAUAGAGAAAAGUUAAAUGGAGAACGAUAAUGGGGAGAAUGUCGACUGGUCGAUGCAACGACGAGUGGAUGGUUUGGUGAACAAACAUAUGGCAGACAUUGCUCUGGAAACACUCCAGAGCAGACUGUGUGCUGUGACCGAUGAGAUGCACAGUCUGGCCGAACAUGUCUGCAGACGCUCAGGGGAGGAGCUCAAAGACGAGCCUCGGCGGGGAGAGGUCACUUUCGAUGUGGAGCCGCUCUCCUCUGACUGUAGCACCGAAGCCGCUGACAAGUUUAUCUCCGCUUCAUCCACAGAGUCUGCUGCACAGCGCAAGAUCAUCACCCUCCUGGUGGAGAUCAAAGAGGAACAGCAGAGGCAGUGGGCGGUACUGAGGGAUCUUCAGGCCCGACUGCAGGGUCAGACCUGGUACCAUGAGGAGGAUGUGGAGGCUCUGGACGUGGAUCUCCCUCUGAAUACCCUCGAACAGCUGGAUGAGAUGGAGAGACAGCUGGAGGAGCCAGGAAUACAAAAGAGAAUGGUGUCAUACCUCUCACGGAUGGGUGGGGCUACAGUUGAUGAUGCAGUGAGACGGCUUAUGCAAGCUGUACUUUCAUUCGCUGUUGGUUCUGAGCUCAACUGGGUGGGCCGUGGACAGAAGAGGAGCUUCAGGAACACCCGCCUACAAGGGGUCCUCUUCCGCGCUCUGAAACGAACACCGGUGGGUAAAGAGGCCACACAUCAUCAGUACGCUGACGUAGUGAAGAAAUGGCUGCGGUUUGCCCCGUUCAGACAAGGAGGGACCGGCCGUCGCUGCUGCAAACCUUCCACAGAGUUUCCAGAUUCUCAGGAAACUGACCAAAGUUUUAACCAGAGCUGCACAGACUGAUAUUUAUCUCACUUAUUAGUUAUCCCAAGAUAAAUAAGGGUUUCCGUUCCAUUGUUCAUGAAAAAACGUCUUUCUUAAAUAUACCUGCAUAUUGCACAUCUGUUAUUUUUCCUUCCUCCAAAGUGCUAAUGGUGCAAAUGUGUCCCUUUUUAAAGGAGCUGAAUAAGGAGAUGUUUUUUUCCAUUUCAGUUGAGCUGUGUUAGGGAAGGAAAACCUGGCAACUAUGUGCCUUUUAGAAACUUCAUGUAAAAAAAACAAAACAAGAAUAAGAACAUCAGUCUCAUUUGUUUAAAUAUGGAUGUAUAGUGAAUCGACGUGAAACCAUCCUCUGUAUUCAUUUCUCAGUGUUAAAGGAUUGUUUGUCAUUUUUGUACUAUGAACAUUAUUCUGUUUAAUUGCCUAAUGCAUCUUUGUAACCCAAGUGAGUGUUACUCAUACAGUAUGAGAAUUUAUACAGUGGAUGUUCACAGUUUAUAAUGUAGGGGGCGACAAAAUCAACAUCAUUAGUUUAUUGAGUCAACAACAACAACAAACUAUGUACAGUGUCUCAGUGAAAUUAAUAUUCUGUUGCCUGGAAAAAGCGUCACCAUGACUUUUUUCAUAUGUUCUUUUGUAGUUAGAAUCUUUGAAAAAAAACAACACAUCCAAAUGAAGCACAGGUGGAAAUUACUCCAAAAAUGUCAUGAUUGUGUAAUUAUUUGUUUUGUUUUUUUGUUAGAAUAUAUAUUUUGUUUGUAUUUUUUUUUUGGUGCAAAUAUUUAGAAAAGUUGAAAGCCAGGAAUACAUUCACUUCAGUCCGUAAAGGCUUCAUGUAGUAAUAGGUUGUCUUCAAAGCUUUCCUUUAUUGUUGUGAUGUAAACAGUAACUUAGUUACUAAAGAAAUUGUAUCAUUUAUGUAUUACAUAUAUUCAUAGUAGUUACAUGAUGAAUAGGUAUAGCUCUUUGAUGUUAAUCUUUUCAUCAUUUAAACCCACUUGAAGCUUGCCAUCGUGCUAAUUUUGGACACAUUAACCUCAUUAACAAUGGUUUGUUUAACAGUAAGUUACACAGCUUAUAGGUUGUAAGAAUUAAGUAUCUUUGAACAGUAAAUGCAAUACUAUAAGCAUAACCUUAACAUGUAUAUAUACUGAAAAUACACAAGUUAAGCUGACUAGGCAGGAAGAAGUCAAAAACAUGUAGGAUAUGACCCAGAAUUUAAGGAAAUGAUCUGAUUUCAGGUCUAUUAUUAAACAUAUUGUAAUUAUUUUGUCAGCAGCAGCACGUAGAGCAUGUCAGUGCUAAAUAAUGUAAAUACAAACUAGUUCAGUCAUUUAAUUUGGACUAUGAAGUUUGUAAUUUUUUGUAUGUUAAACCAUGUAAAAUAUACCUUUAGGUCUUUGGGAUUCUUACUGUAUAUUUACUAUUUAUUACUGUAUAUCUGUAUAUCUUUCCUGUUUUACAUGUUGGCUUUGUUAGUGUUGUUCCAGUGAAAGAACACACACACACACACACACACACACACACACACACACACACACACACACACACACACACACACACACACACACACACACACACACACAUACACUGUAUGAUGACACGAGAGGCCUUUUUAACUUAAGAGAUUUUGACUUGUCAUAGUAAAAGAAUAAAGAAACACAGGUGUUAAUGAUACAGUUAAUAUUGAGUGAAUUCAACUUUGCUGCUUCAGUUUCAGGGUUCUGGCAUUGCACAUACUGGCUCACUGCCAUCGUCGCUUGCUGGGAUAGUUGAACUGAGCCAUUGUUAAUGUUAUGAAGAACACCUGUGCUAUUCUUAUCAAGUCAUGUCAAAAUGUCUGCUGUGAAAAAUGCCUAUUCUAAUG